GUGUGCCUGUAUGUCAGUUUCUCAGCUGCGUCGUCGUCGUAGUCGCCUUUGAGCCAGAGUAUUAGUGCUAUAAGAGAUCGAGAUAUCCGCACCACAGAGAUGCACUCCGGGAAACUUGACAGCCAUUGUCUAACAUUUCAACGGAUGGGAGAGACAGAGGUUUAGCUUCAGCGAGUUUGGCACUCACGUACAGGCAUGGCCAGCCUACAUCCAAUGAAUCUGUCGAAGGCAUGGGAAAGAUACAUCCAUUGUAGGCUGCACGGGUCUAACCAGCAGGCAAGCCUUGAAUACUUGGAGAAGUUCCUCUGUGUAUUUCACUAUUCCAGGCAUAUAGGGAAUCUCGAUCUAAAUGAUGUGUUAAAGUUCUGCUCUGAUAUGAGCAGUGCCAGCAACACCUUGGCCAGGGAGUUCUUAACAGAUGUCCACCAAUUAUGCAAUGCAGUGGCCCAGAGGGCAGAGGCCAGGGAGGAAGAUGAAGAGGAAGAAGAAAGUCAUAUGGUGGCUCUUGGAGAGUACCUUGUACGUGGUCGGGGCUUUUUACUUCUUAGUACUUUGGAUUCCAUUAUUGACCAGGAGUUAACCUGCAGGGAGGAAUUACUCACUUUGCUUCUUUCCUUACUUCCUCUUGUUUGGAAGAUCCCAGUGCAAGUGGAGAAAGCACCAGAUUUCUCUUUACCUUUGUUACUGGAUGUCAUCUUUCCUACAGAAUAUAGGAAAACCCAAGAAACAGCAGGUUCUGAGGAGCUGGGGUCAUCUAAGAAUGCUGUGGGCAAUAAGUUCAAGACACGACAUCUACGUCGAAGCAUCCAUCGAUACUCUAUUCGGAAUGCACAAAAGUCCCAGCUUUCUACAUCAGACUCUGAUGCCACCUCUGAUGAUAGAACUUCUUUUUCAAGCAAACAUAGAAGGUCGCAUGGCUUGCCUUCUCUUAUAAGCCACCAGCACUAUCCAUCAUUUGCCAGAGAGUUUCAGAUAACAGAAAUCAUGAAUACCUUGGACAGAACUGAGCAAGAGCAAUUUGGAUGUUCUAUACAAGACUCUGAUAUGCUGACGGACCCUGCGGCCCUUUCCAUUCUCAACCGUAUGGAGAAUUCCCCUUUUGAUCUGUGCCAUGUCCUUUUGUCCCUGCUGGCAAAGGUUUGCAAAUUUGACAUGGAGUUGAAUCAUAAUCCUGCAUUAGCUGUCAGUGUAGUUCCCACUUUGACAGAAUUUCUAAUGGAGUUUGGUGAUUGCUGUGUACCUGAAGAUACUGCAGCCAGAGGCGCAGGACAGUUAGGAAGUGAAAGUCUAGCUCAUGGCUGGACAGAAGAGCCCAUAGCUCUUGUUCAGAGGAUGAUUCUCCGCACUAUCCUUCACCUAAUGUCUGUAGAUGUAGGACGCAGAGAAUCUUUACCAGACACUUUAAGGAGACAUCUAACUGAUCUUCUGCGAGCAACUCUAAAAAUUCGAAGCUGCCUUGAGAAACAAGCAGAUCCCUUUGCACCACGACCCAAAAAGACCCUUCAAGAGAUUCAGGAUGAUUUCACAUUUUCUAAGAAUCGACACAGGAUCCUUCUGCUUCCUGAGCUGCUGGAAGGUGUGCUUCAGAUACUUUUGAACUGUCUGCAGGCAGCUACACCAAAUCCCUUCUUUUUUAGUCAAGCAAUAGAACUUAUUCAUGAGUUUGUUCAACACACUGGGCUAGAACUUUUUGAGACCACGGUAUUACAAAUGGAGUGGCUAGCUACUAGAGACCCAGACAUCUCUGGUGAAGCAGCUGAACACGCACAUACCCUAAUUAGUGGAGUGCUAAAAAUUGUCAGUGCAGUCAAGAAGGCCAAAUCUGAGCAGCUGCACCAAUCACUGUGUGCACGACGUCGCCAUCGCCGUUGUGAAUAUUCACAUUUUCUCCACCACCAUCGCGACCUAUCUGGCCUUCCAGUCUCUGCCUUCAAACAGCCAGCUGGUCGUAAUCCUUUUGAGGAAGAUGUUUCAGGUGGUGAGAUACAUUAUCCUGAUAGAUGUUGCUGUUUGGCAGCUUGCACCCAUCAGUGUCUUCGCCUUCUUCAGAAUUUCUCUUCCUCAAGUGCAACGUGCCUCCAGAUUCUGACUGGAGUUCAAGCUGUGGGUAUCUGUUGUUGCAUGGAUCCUCACUCAGUAGUGGUUCCUUUGCUCCAUGCCUUUCGCUCACCUGCCCUGCGUAGUUACCAGUCCCAAGUGCUAAGUAUUUUAAGUCGGCUUAUCCUUGAGCAGUUAGGAGGUGGACAACCUUCUGAUAAAUUUAAGCUAGCCUCUUGUAAUAUCUGCACUGUGGACAGCAGCCAACUUUUAAGCAUUGAAGAAAUGUUAUAUGGUAGCAGUGCACCAGGGAAUGAUCCUGGGCCUGGUUUCGCUAGUCCGUCUUACCGGUCACAGGGAAUUCUUCCCAGUGGUGGGGCAGAGGACAUGUUGUGGAAGUGGGAUGCCUUAGAGGCUUAUCAGGAUCUAGUAUUUAAUGAUGAUCGACAGUUAAGCCUACAGAUUGCAAACCAUAUUUGUCAACUGGUUCAGAGAGGAAAUGCUAUUGUUCAGUGGCAGUUGUAUACUCAUAUCUUUAAUCCAGUCCUCCAGAAAGGAGUCGAACUAGCCCAUCAUGCACAGCAACUUGGCGUUACCACCUCUUGUACCCAGAUUUGCACCUAUCAUAGCAAGUGCUUGUGGCUGGAUGUCCUUCACGUCUAUCUCCAGACAUUACCGUUGCUGUUUAAAUUCAGGGUAAUUAGAGAUUUGUUUUUAAAUUGCAAUGGAUUAAACCAAGUUACUGAACUAAUAUAUUUGGACUCAGUAAGAAUAUCUGCUUUAAAAGUGUUUGAGACGUUCAUCCUUUGUAUUGGAGAACAACAGAUGGGCAUAGGUCUUCAGGAAUUAGAGACCAUAGAAGCUACAAAGAGAGAGCCUGAUGAAAUCAUUAAAGACUAUUUAACUUUUAACUCUUUGGGCAAAGUCGUAAGUGAUACUCCUCAAAGUUUAAGCAAGUUUUAUGCAGGGUUGAAAGAAGCAAAUCCGAAGAGAAGGAACCGUGGAAUUAAAAGCAACAGUGAAGCCCAUUUUAACGCUAUCAAUCUGUUCUUAUGCUUGGCUUUCAUAUGCGUUAGUAAAGAAGCAGAUUCUGACCGGGACUCGGCCAAUGACUCUGAGGACACUUCUGGAUAUGACAGCACCGCAAGUGAGACUUUACAUGGCCGUCUUCCUUGCUUGUCGCCAGACAGUGUGGUUUUACCUUCUCAAGAUCAAAUCCGAAAGGCAGCUGAUAUCUGGUCUGCAUGCCGUGGGAUCUAUUUGUCUAGCCCCAUGUUCCAGAAGCAGUUCUUCAAAUUAGGUGGAUUAGAUGUCUGCAAUCGCUUGAUGAUGAUUUUAAUUCAGAACUUGUUGCCAAGGCACAUAGACUUCACAGUUAAAAAACAGGAAACCAAUGCUGAAAAUAAGUGUUUAAAUGAGCACACCAUCCCAAACCAAAAUAUUCUUUUGGUGUCUGGUAUUUCAGAUACUGCCAGUAAUUUGUCUGUCAAAGGAGAGGCAACACUGCCUUUUACUGUGAUCCAUAAUGAAGAUCAUAGCUUGUGGGCUGAACAAAAUCUUGGAGUCAAAGAUCCUUCUGAUAAGACUGAUGAGUGGUCCUUCCAGAGCAUACGACUUUUUGAAGCCCUCUUGGUAAUAUACCUCCACAGUGCAAGUUCAUGCACCCAGAAAACAGAACCCGACAUUUUCUCUAAGAAUUUAUCAGUGGAUGAAAUUAUGUCUGAAAUUCGGGAUCAGCUCUACAAAUCUGCUGUAGUCUCUUCUGAACUAGCCAUACCAUUGUUUGACUCUCUGCUACGUGUUGCACUGUCUGAGACGUCUACAGACUCUGAGAAAUGUGAAUUGAAAGCAGAAAGGAAGCAUCAGUUAGACGGCGAAUCUUCCUGUCAGCCAAGUGAACUUUCUGAAGAUGCAGAAGAAUCCAGCUGUCACAGUAUCAAGUUGUUCAAAGAAGAGGAGGGCUAUGAGGCAGACAGUGAGAGCAACCCAGACGAUAAAGUUGCUAAAGAUGAUGCUGCAAGACAAGAUACUGCCCAAAUUUUGAAGAAUGGAGAUGAUAAUAAACUGGAGAGCACUGGCAAUGGUGAACUUUUAUAUCCUGAAAUCUGCAUGUUGGAAUUGCAGCUGCUGUCUACCUGCUCACCACAUCUGGAAGUACUUACCCAUACCUUCCAAAGUCUGCUGUCAGCCAUCAAGCGUAGUCAUCGUAAUACUAUGUUAAUGUAUCAACAAGGGGCAGUCAGAACAAUUUUGGGAGGUUUCCAAAGUAUUUUGAGCCAGUCAGACUCAUCAUUUUCAGAAUGUCAAGCAGUGCUGGUUGAUCUCUUGGUCUCCCUGGUCACUUUUCAGAUUUCAUCAGAUGAACUUGUGCUGCUGCUUCGUUUGUUUUUAGAAAAAAAUCCUCCUACAGAAAUUCUUCUGAAUGGGUUCUUACAAAUUGUGGAGGACAAUAUGCAUAUGGCUCCUCAGCAGUACCUAGCUUUCCCACUGUUCAUAAAUGCUAGUGUUGCCAAUUCAAUUUUGUCAGCUCCAAAGCAAACAUCUGUCUUAAGUGCUAAGACUGCAGCUAUUCUUAAACGUGGAAAGAUGACAACAAGCAAGAAAGACUUUGAUGGGGACAUUUUAAGUCAUCAUUUGUCAUCAUCUUGGCAUGUAGCACCUAUCCACCUUCCACUAGUUGGACAGAACUGCUGGCCACAUAUGGCAGAUGGCUUUAGUGUUUCUCUUUGGAUUAAAACAGAGUGGCGUCUUGAGGGGUCUGCAGAGAAAAGGAAGAAGCCAAAGAGAAAUAAGCUGGUCGCUUUUUGGGACAGCAGCCUGGAUAGUGCAGAAGUUGAUAAGUCUAUACCCAUUGAUUGCCAAAGUAUGGCUGCUAAUGGAGAUAAAUUAGUUGAAGAUGGGUGUCUUCACUUGAUUUCCUUGGGUUCAAAGGCAUUAAUGUUGCAGGUCUGGGGAGACUUAAAUACAGGAGCACUUAUUUUCAGAAUUUGCAUUGAUCCAAAUGAUGAAAUGAAAGCAGGUGUAUUGGCACAAGCUGAGUCGCAGGAGAGUGUUCUGACUCAUGAAAAGUGGCAGCAUAUAGCCUUUACUUACCAUCAGCAACCAGAAAGCAAAAAAAAUGUCCAUGGGAAGCUAACAAUCUGGGUGUCUGGUGAAAGGAAAUCAGAUGUUGCAUUAGACUAUGCUAUUCCGAGAAAAACUAGUCUAUCAUCUGACAGCAACAAAACAUUUUGUAUGCUUGGGCAUUGCACUUCUGCUCAGGAGGAUCUCACAAGAUUAGCUGGCAGAUGGCAAAUUGGGAACCUUCUUCUGUUUAAUGGCUCAGUAAUUGGUGUUGAGGAAGCAUUCCAUUUGUACACUUCUGGUCCUGAAUUAUCCUCCAUCAUGCCCUGCAAGUAUGGAAAAUCAAAGCUGAAUUACUCCAAAUAUAUUACUCUUGAGAGAUUACAAUGUGAAAAACUUAAGGAGCUCAUGAUGAAAAACAGUGAAGUUGACACAGGGCCACUAGUGGAAAGUCUGGCUAUUGUUUAUGCUUCUAGCUCUCCUUACCAUUAUACUAUUUAUGAACCAGUGAUCCGACUAAAAGGACAAAUAAAGACAAUGCCCUCCCAAAGACCAUUCAGUGCUAAAGAAAUUCAGAGCACCAUACUUGACUCGAUAGCCAUGAAAAGCCUCCAGAUUGUGGAAAACCAGGGACUCCAGAGUAUACUGCAUAAAAUUGGUGGCACAAGUUCCUUUAUCUUCCUCUUUGCCAGGGCAGUGGAGCUCAGUGAUUGUGAGAAGAUCCAAGCUUUGGCUUUGCAACUUGUGCUGUCUUUAUGUAAAUACAAUUCACAUAGGAUUCAAGAGAUGGACAGUUGCAAUGGUUACUCCAUGAUACAUCAGGUCCUUAUUAAAUCAAAAUGCAUUGUUGGAUUUUAUAUGUUAAAGACAUUGUUGGAUGGUUGCUGUAGUUCUGAAAUCCUGAAUAUGAAUGAAGAAGGCUGUCUUAUUUUGAACCCAGAAUCAAAUGCUGUCAUCCAGGAUGUUAAACUGUUUUCUGAGGUUCUGUUAGACUGGAAAGUGUGGGCUAAAGCACAGUCUGGUGUUUGGGAAGCAUUGCUGACUGGUUUGGAGAUUCUUAUACGAGUAAACCACCCACAACAGAUGUUUAACAUCAAGCAACUACUCAAAGCUAAUGUGGUCCACCACUUUCUUCGUACAUGUCAAGUGUUGCAGGAGCAUCGAGAUGAACACUUGAAAUCUAUACCCAGACAAGUCUGUUGCUCAUUUGUGAAAAUUAUUCAAGAGGUUCUUGGCUCACCUCCAGAUCUAGAUCUUCUGAGAAUGAUUUAUAACUUUCUUCUGGCAGUGCACCCACCCACUAAUACCUAUGUCUGUCACACACCCACAAGUUUUUAUUUUUCUCUGCAUAUUGAUGGGAAAAUCUAUCAGGAAAAGGUUCAGUCAAUGAUUUACCUGAGACAUUCUAGCAGUGGGGGAAGGACAAGUGGAAGCCCUGGACCACCAGUUACACCAUCUGGCUUUACAGAGGCACCGUCCGAAGGUAGCCUGUUUCCAUUUGCUGUGGAGCAACAACCAAGUCCUUUUCUAGAAACUGAAACACAGCCUUUUUCAGAUUCUUAUAGAUCUUCUCCCCAGAUUCCUACUGUUUAUGUUGAGAGGAGCCUUGAAGAGCUAACUGACAUAGCUGAAAAUGAGAGCGAGUCUGAAUCUUCAAGCACUCGGCAAGAAAUGGGAAACAAUGGAAGCACUGAAACACUUAAAAGAAUCUGUGAUGACUCACUUGUCAGCAGCUGUGAAUCUGCUAAAACUGUGUGUAGUUUUGAGGAACUUUCUCAAUUAGGGAACACUGAUAAAUCUGAAUUAUAUCCAUCAACAGUUGAGGCACCUGACAUCCAGGGAAGCACAGGUGUAGCAUUUGGGAAUGAAGAAGUCUGCUUUGCUGACCAGGACUCGGAGGAUAAAGCUGAUUCAGUAGUUGAUGAGAAUAUCAAGCGUCCAGAUAGCCUGAAGGGCAUUCAGUCUUUUCAAAGAAGCCAAAGUAAUUUUGCUAGUCUGGGUUUGGCCUUUCCAGCCCAAAAUGGAAACCUUGCCAUUUGUCGGUGGCCUAGCAUGGCAGAUCGGAAUAUGCUACCUGAAGACUGGGAAAAUUAUACCAUUUCUCCUGCAUAUGAACGUUCAUAUAGUGCAUCUGAUCCCAAUAACGACAGUUCUGUGACAGAAGACUGCUUGAUACUGGUCAGUUGUGGCCUCUAUGACCUAGUGAGGGGAGUCUUACUCAUUCUGCCUGACCUGCUACUGGAGGAAGUUAUGGAUAAGCUGAUUCAGCCAGAAGCUUUAAUUGUCCUUGUUAACCAUCCUUCACCUCAAGUACAACUGGGAGUCCUGAAAUUAUUGGAUGCCUACUUUGUUCGUGCAGUUAAAGAGCAAAAAGAGAAAUUUCUUAAGAACCAUGGCUUUUCUUUACUUGCAAAUCAGCUUUACCUUCACCAGGGGAAUCCAAGCUUGUUGGAGUGUUUCUUGGGAAUGUUAUUUGGCCGACCAGUCGGUCUGGAUGAAGAGUUAGAUCUUGAAGACAUGGAAAAGAUUGAUCCAUUCAGAAAAAGAUGCAUAAUUCCAGUCCUUGGGCUGAUUGAAAACUCACUGUACGAGAAUAUGUUGGUGCACAAUAUUUUGUGUGUUCUGCUACAAUUUCUCAAUGCCUGUUCAAAAGUUUCUGACAUCCUGUUAGACAAUGGUCUUCUUUAUGUUCUCUUCAAUACUCUGGCAGCACUAAAUGGGAUGGAGAAUGGGAUACCUCUUAAUGAUUUCAAGCUCCUGGUGUGUGAUAUUCAGCAACUUCUAGUGGCCAUAACUAUUCAUUCAUGCAGUUCCUCAGGAUCUCAGUAUUUCCGCAUUAUAGAAGACCUAAUUACAUUGCUUGGCUACCUGCAGACCAGCGAAAACAAGCGUACACAAGAAAUGGCUAUGGCAUUGCAAUUUCGUGUUCUGCAAUCAGCUAUAGAGUUUAUCAAAACCACAGCCAAUCAAGAUUCUCAGAAAUUGUCAAGCUCUGUGCACUUACCAGCAUCUCAUCAUCAUGCAAUCUAUCAGAAGAGGAAGAGCAUUGCAGGUUCAACUGCCAUGAAAGAUUCCAUAAUUCCACGCCUCCCAAGGCAGCAUUUCUGUUCCUAUGACCAGAUACCGAUGCCCCCUUCAAUCAUGUUAAAUCAGGAGUUUCCUCUCCUGUCUCCUUCAGGAUCUUCCACGUGCAUCUUCCCAACUGAAUCAGGACCUCGCAGGUUUUCUCUUGCUCAGUCUGACACUUUACUUUUACGGUUGAGAUCAGUGGCUAAUGAUGAGCUGGCAGUUAUGAUGGAGAGGAGGAUGAGUCAGGAAAAUCCCAUAAGAGCCAGUGAGUCUGAAUACAUUCAGCGACUCCAGAGACUAACUGUCUUAUCUGUCAAUCGUCUUAUCUAUCAAGAUGGAAGUUGUGACUUCUUCGAUUUGCUGAACAUCCCACAGCCUCCAAUACAACAGAGGUCUUCAGAACAGCAGUCAGAUCAACUUGAUGAAGGUGGAUCUGUAAAGCAAACAAACAGCUUAAAGACAUUCCAGAAUGAAAUUUUAAAAUUAAUGAUGGAAGGAAUCAAAAUAGGCCUUAACACCACAAACAGAAGUGGAGCACCAAGGCACCAAUGGAAAAGAAUACUGUGGUCUUGCAGGGAAACAUUUCGUGUUCAGAUGGGACGUUUGUUGGUACAUGUCCUUUGUCCAGCCCGCCCCUUAGAGGAACGAAGGCAGGCUUUGGAUAUAGUACAUGAACCAAGUCAUCCAGAAAUCCUUCGUGAAUGUCUCAGCCCAUCUUUGGAGCAUGGCCCAAAGUUGGCAUUGUACCUUUAUGAGAUGUUGCGUAACCAUCGAGAGCAACUGUCCAAAGAAGAUCAAACAGCAGUGUCUAUUUUCAUGACAUCCCUGAAGCUGUGUGGUCAUAAGUGCAUUCCUCCUAGUGCUCCUACUAAACCAGACCUUGUGAAAGCCAUCUUAGAGGAACAAAAGAAAUUUGAGUCCGAGGGAAAAAUGAACAAAGCAGCCUGGGAAAAGAAAAUAAGAAACAGUCAGCAAAGUCUCAUUCAAAGGUUAGACAGCAAGUCUAAGGACAUUUCAAAGAUAGCUGCGGACAUCACCCAGAAUGUGUCCUUGAGACAAGGAAUGGAGAGAAAGAAGGUCAUCCAGCACAUCAGAGGAAUGUACAAAAUAGAUCUUAGUGCCAGCCGAUACUGGCAGGAAUUAGUCCAGCAGUUAACUCAUGAUCGAGCAGUUUGGUACAAUCCAUCAUCUUAUCCCACGUCUUGGCAGCUAGAUCCCACCGAGGGACCAAAUAGAGAAAGAAGGCGGCUGCAGAGAUGCUACUUAACUAUUCCAAAUAAAUACUUGCUCAAAGAUCGACAGAAGCCUGAAGAACCAUUCAAGCCACCAUUGUCGUAUCUCUUUGAAGAUAAAACACAUUCCUAUUUUUCUUCAACCGUAAAGGAUAAAGCUACAAGUGAGCAUAUAAGGUUCACACGGAGGUGUAUAAAUGUAGCUCCCUCAAGAGAGACUCCUGGCGAGCUUCUGCUGGGUAAAUCUGGGAUGUACUUUGUGGAAGACAAUGCUACUGAUACCUAUGACAACCCAAGCCCUAGUGGUGAAACGGAGCCAGCGUCAUUCUCCUGGACCUAUGAAGAAAUCAAAGAAGUUCAUAAACGAUGGUGGCAGCUCCGGGACAAUGCAGUAGAGAUAUUCCUAACUAAUGGGAGGACAUUGCUGUUGGCUUUUGAUAACAUCAAGGCACGAGAUGAUGUGUAUCACAACAUUCUAACAUCUAAUUUGCCAAAUCUCCUUGAAUAUGGAAACAUUACUGCUCUUACACAUUUGUGGUGCUCAGGACAGAUCACCAACUUUGAGUAUUUGACUCAUCUGAACAAGCAUGCAGGGCGCUCUUUCAAUGAUCUCAUGCAGUACCCUGUGUUCCCAUUUAUACUCCGUGACUAUACAAAUGAAACCUUGGAUCUAAGUGAACCCAGCAUUUACAGGAACCUUAGUAAACCAAUUGCUGUACAGUCCAAAGAAAAAGAAGAUCGUUAUGUGGACAACUACAAGUACUUGGAAGAAGAGUAUCGAAAAGGAAUUCGAGAAGAUGAUCCCAUGCCUCCUGUUCAGCCAUACCACUAUGGUUCUCAUUACUCAAACAGUGGAACAGUCCUGCACUUUCUUGUGCGAAUGCCUCCUUUUACAAAGAUGUUCCUGGCAUACCAAGACCAAAGCUUUGAUAUUCCAGAUAGAACUUUUCAUUCAAUGAAUACGACGUGGCGGCUUUCAUCAUAUGAAUCUAUGACUGAUGUGAAGGAGCUGAUUCCCGAGUUCUUUUAUCUGCCAGAAUUUUUAGUGAACAGAGAAGGUUUUGAUUUUGGGGUUCGUCAGAAUGGAGAACGAGUGAAUCAUGUCAAUUUACCACCAUGGGCACGCAAUGAUCCACGACUCUUUAUCUUGAUACAUAGGCAGGCAUUAGAAUCUGACCAAGUAUCACAGACUCUUUGCCAGUGGAUUGAUCUUGUAUUUGGAUAUAAGCAAAAGGGCAAAGCAGCUGUGAACGCUAUUAAUGUGUUUCACCCUGCUACCUACUUUGGAAUGGAUGUGUCUGCAGUUGAGGAUCCAGUACAGAGGAGGGCCUUGGAGACCAUGAUAAAGACCUAUGGCCAAACUCCACGGCAACUUUUUAAUGCGGCACACUUAAGCCGAGCUGGUUCCCGGCUCACAAUUGACGGAGAGCUUCCUGCUGCCAUGGGGAUACUAGUUCAGUUUGCCUUCCGUGAAACAAAGGACCAUGUCAAAGACGUUGUGUACCCGAGCCCAUUGCCCUGGAUUAAAGGUCUGAAAUGGGGAGAAUACGUGGGUUCACCCAGUGCCCCUGACCCUGUUGUCUGCUUCAGCCAACCUCAUGGAGAGCGAUUUGGGUCAUUACUGGCAUUACCUACCAGAGCUAUUUGUGGGUUAUCAAGAAAAUUCUGCCUGAUGAUGAUUUACAGCAAGGAGCAAGGUGUGCGGAGUAUGCACAGCACAGACAUCCAGUGGUCUGCGAUUCUUAGCUGGGGUUAUGCAGACAACAUUCUGAGACUCAAAAGCAAACAAAGUGAGCCUCCUGUCAACUUCAUCCAAUGUUCCCAGUUAUUUCAGGUGACCAGCUGUGCCUGGGUGCCUGAUAGUUGCCAGCUGUUUACAGGCAGUGAAUGUGGUGUAAUCACUGCUUACAACAGCAGAUUUACAAGCAGCACGCCCUCUGAAGUGGAAGUGGAGUCACAGGUGUACUUGUAUGGGCAUUCAGGAGAAGUCACUAGCCUCUUCAUAUGUAAACCUUACAGCAUUCUAAUCAGCGUCAGCAAGGAUGGCUCUUGCAUAAUAUGGGACUUAAACAGAUUGUGUUAUGUUCAGAGUCUUACUGGGCAUAAAAGCCCUGUCUCAGCAGUUUCAGCAAGUGAAACCACAGGAGACAUUGCAACUGUUUGUGAUUCAGUUGGUGGUGGUAGUGACCUGAGGCUCUGGACUGUAAAUGGGGACCUCAUAGGACAUGUUCAUUGUAGGGAAAUCAUUUGUUCUGUUGCAUUCUCCAACCAGCCCGAGGGAGUUUCUGUCAAUGUGAUUGCUGGGGGACUGGAAAAUGGAGUUGUUAGACUAUGGAGCACUUGGGAUCUGAAACCUGUUAGAGAAAUAACCUUUUCAAAGUCAAAUAGACCAAUUGUCAGCCUCACAUACUCCUGUGAUGGUCACCAUUUGUAUACGGCAAAUAGCGAGGGAACUGUCAUCGCAUGGUGCCGUCGAGACCAGCAGAGGAUGAAGCUACCCAUGUUCUACUCAUUCCUCAGCAGUUAUGCUGCUGGAUGAAUGUCAAGGAAAACAUAGCUGUCCAAAACAAAUAAAGCAUGAAGCCACAAACAUCUUCAUACAGCAAAGAAUCAUUCAUGUCUUGUGUUGAAAAGCACAAAUGAAGAUUGCUUCUGUAGAAGGAACCAACAAAAAAUUCCAAGAAAAUCAGUAAAUUGUCAUUCCAAAGGUGAAAUAAUUAACAUGCAUAUUAGUAUAAACUGCUUUCAAUAGCUUCAGCACAAAGCCACAGAGCACUGAUACUAUAUACGUAAACCUUCUUCAGAGUCUAGCAUGCAAAACAUACAUCCCUUGCUUGGCAUGUUUACAGAGAGUUGAGCUGAAAGCAUUGCCUCCAACAAAAAUAAUCUGUUAUUUUAUUUAUUUAUUUAUUAUUAUUAUUUUUUUUUUUUUACUUUUUGUUGUUGUCUAAUGGUGAGCCCAAUCCUAUCUAUUCAGUUGUCCUUCCCAUUCCUAUAAGUUUUUUGUUUUUCUUCACUUGCAACAAAUGUUUUAUCUGAGAAAUCAAUUACUAAUGAUUAUAGUCUGUUUUACUGACACAGCCAGAUCUCUGACACAAAUCAGUUGAAGAAAUUAAGGUUUGUUGGGGAGAAGCAAACAAUAAUAGAUUCUUUGCUUGAGGCAUUUGUCUACAGUGUGUUUAUCACAGCCAUUUUAUAGUAAGUAGAGACUAGUACUAUUAACCAUCUUGGAUGACUCACCUCUUAUCUUUCAGUCCUUAUUGAUUUUUUUCAGAAUCACCUUAAUUUCCAAACUAUUUAAAAACUUUGACAGUACUGAAAACCGGUGCAAGCUGUGGUUUAGUGAUAAUGUAACACUAUCAUUGUGCUGAACUUGAACCACAACCAAGCCCUACUUGUGUCUCUGGUUACACAUAUUGUGUUAAACUCUCAGGGCUUUACCAUUUGUGGAUCACUCAGUGUGCAAAGACCUCAGCCUUACUCCAUGCCUGUAUUUCUGCCUUUUACUUGAAUAUUCUGACUUUCUCACAAAAGGUACUGAACAGUUAACAUUGUUGCUGAAGUCAUGGAUUAUAGCCUGGCAGAAUUAAAAUCAGUCACUGGCGUAAGAAAGUCAGACCUCUUUGCUUGAAUUCUCUCAGGACUUUGGGGUAUUUAUAAAUUCCUCACUAUAGCUGGUAGUAAAGCAUUUGUUUUAGUUUUUUUUUUUUUUCUUCCUCUCUAUUUGGAUGUGCUACUUAAUAACAACAACAAAAAAUAAACUAAAUACAUACAUUGGAAAAGAUGCACCUGUGAUGUAAAAAUUUAGAGUUUUAAGGUUAAGAUAAGCUGACUAAUUCAUGGUGGAAUUCUAGAAUUGUAUUUCAUUGUAGACAUUGCUGUUAUUGCUUCACUUAUCCAGAGAUGUACUUACUAAAUCCGGUAAGUGAAGCAUUAUUUUGCAUUUCCUAAUUUGGUAAGAAAGUUACCUGUGGAUAGUCCUACAUAUUUUAAGAGCGUUAGCUCAAAUUAACAUGAAAAUACUGUUGAUCAGACACACAUUUUAAUAAUAUGAAAAUAAGAGAAAACAUGUUCGUUUACGACAGAGAAGACAUAUAUUUUCUUGUUAAUUAUUUUUACACAAACAUGCUAAAGAUGAUAUUUCGGUCAACACUAAAUUACUUUAAAUUAUUAUAGUCUUACUUUUGUCUUAAAUUGGCUGAAAUUUACUUAUCUGCCAACUGGUGUUAGAUUAUUACCCACCGAGUUGUAAUAUGUGAUUUAAGUGGUGCAACCUUUUUUUUUUUUUUUUUAAUAAGUGCACAUUAAAAAUAUAUACAUAUAAUGUAUAAAUGGUUAAUAGGUCCUUCUACUGCUUGUUGGUGUGUUUUAUUUACUGUUUAUUUCAUAAAUUAAAGUGUAUUAUUCUGCUCUUAGCAGGGUUAUUUAAAGCCAGCCCUUCUUUUAAACAGCAAUACAAAAGGAUCACAGGCAAGUCAUGUUAUUACAAAUUAUGCAAAAUAGGAGAGCCAUUACACAAACGAUAAUUUUUGUAUUUUAAUGCAGAAGACAUCAAAAAAUAAUUUUUAUAUGUAAGCAAAUGGGUAAAACAAAAUAAUGUGUUGCUUUCAUCUUAUGUAGUUCCAGUGCAGUGUUAAAUGUACUGUCCAAAAAAUGUUGCAUUUGUGAUAACAGCUUUCUCUUGAAGUUUACAAUCAAUCUUUAACUGCCACCUGUAAUGUGGUUUUAGUACAUGUUUUUUUGUAUGUGCACAAACUUAUAUGUUUUCCUUAUUCAAUGUUAAUUGCAUAAAGCAUACUUUUUCUGCUUGUUAUCUAUUUAUCACAUCCAUUUUUCUUUUACUUGGAAUUACUGGCUGAUUGACAAUGCAGUAUUAUUAUGGAACUGUUUUUGGAAAUCUGUUUGCAUGCUGGAUUACAUGUGGAGAACAUUUUUCAUAAUUUUAACAUCUGUAAAUGUUGGUUGAUUUGCAUUACUAUAUGGAUUUAAAAAUGCUAUAAAUUAUGUUUCUUCAGAUUUAUUCAGGAAGUGUUUAUUUGCCAAAGUGUUGCUUGGGGAACAAAAAGGGGGAGGAUGUUGCUAUUUUUUGUACUUAAGUAUGUACAAAAUAAAGUUAACAAAAUAUAUGUGUGUAGAUAUAAAAGCAGAGAUCUUUGACACUGUGUUAAUCUUGAAUGCUUGCUACUAAAUGGAACAAAAGAAGCGUUUACAAUAUA